AUGGGACAUGAGGGCCAAGCAAAGCCAGGAGAGCCUCCGGAGGCUCUCAAGCGAGUGCGCAGUGAAGGCUGUGUUCUUCGCCGGCAGCAACUAGUUCGGAAUUCUCCUCUUCCGAUUAAUUCUUGCUACACGCUGGACGAGACCAUUGGCCUGGGGUCUUUUGGCUGCCGGGUGUACCGGGCCACGGACAUUUUGUCGGGCGUGCGCCGCGUGGUGAAGUGCGUCAGCAAAGACCAGCCAGAGGGUGUUCGCAUAUGGCGCAACGAGAUAAGUUUUUUGCGGCGAAUUCACCACCCCAAUGUGGUCCGCAUUUUUGAAGUUUUCGAGGAGCCCGCGGCUGUCUACCACGUGACGGAAACGUGCUAUGGCGGAGACCUUCAUCAGUGGCUAGACAGGCGGCUGCGAAGAAGACACAGGCGCCUGAAGAGGCGGAGUGUAAACUUCUGCCUCAUGGGCGACAGCGAGGCUCUUCAGCAGCAGCAGCAGCAAGAGGGCGGGGCCGCUGUUAGUGGCCCUUUUGCCCCGGCUUCGUCAGCUGAAGCCACAGGGAUAGCAGUCACAGCAGGCACCGCUACGACAGCAACUUCGCCAAACUCCUUGGAAGCUAGCAGCAGUACUAGCUCCGUCUCUCCCGUUGCUGCCACUCCGUCUGGCAGUCGUGCCGGCAUCAGCAUGCGUGGCUCUUGUCCCGUAGCUGCCGGCGCUGCAGCAGCAGCAGCAACUGCAGCAGCAGCCGCAACAGCAGCAGCUGCGGCGACUGCAGCUGCUGCGGGGGGAGGCGGAGGCCCCGCACUGUCCUCGCCUCCGUCAGCGCCGCCUGGAGCUGCAGCAGGGGGUGCUGCUGCUGCAGCUCGUCCUCUAGUUAGUGAAGAAGUAGCUGCGCAGAUAGCUGGUCAGGUGCUGUGCGCGCUGCGCUAUCUUCACAGCAAGGACAUUGCACACUGCGACAUUAAGUUGGAAAAUAUCCUCUUGGUUGCUGAGCUCGAUGACUCGGAAGCAACGGGGGACGGCGAGAGCAGCGAGGAGGAGGAGGCGGAGCUGAUGAAGGAGUCCAAGAGCAGCAGAGCUCGCAGCAGCAAUCACAGCAGCAGCAGCACCAACAGCAUCAGCAGCAGCAUGAGCGCCCUUUCUGUAGUGCCUAUGGUAAUGAGAAAAAGAAGAAGCAUGCGGGAUGUUGGCCAGAAGGCACAUGCAGACAAAGACAUGGACAUAGACAGGAAUCGAAGCAACUUGUCUUUACCUCAGCUUAAAGACAGCAUCCACAGUUCUUCGCAUUCUCUUGUCGACAAGUUUAAAAGGAAAAACGUUUUAGUGAAGCUGGCGGACUUCGGAUUGGCGAAAAAAAUAGUGCGGGGAAGGUCGCAACAGAAGGCGGCGCCUAGUUCGGUCUUGGAAGGAACGCUGUACUAUCGGUCGCCCUGGCAGAUUCGAAAUGGGGUGGAGGGUGACGAGCGCAGUGACCUGUGGGCGUUGGGUGUUUGCCUGUUUAUGCUUUUUUCGGGAAGGCCUCCUUUUGAAGGAGAAGAUAGGUGGAGCAUUGAAAAAGCAAUCACAGACACGCCUGUGUCCUUCAGCGGGGGCGUGUGGUCAAGUCUUUCGUGUUUGGGCUUCUUGCGGGCUCUUCUGUACAACCCGUUGCUGCCGCUGCACCUCCGUGGCCCUCCCCCGCCCCCGCCCUAUUCCCAGCCGACAGCAGAACUCAUGCUGAGGCAUCCCUGGCUGCAGCAGUGCUUUCGGGAGGAGAGAAGACGCCUCAUGCGCGCAGUGUCUGCACCUUCUAUGAAUUACCUGGCAGACCCUUCUCCCCAGUCGCGCAGCUCAGAGACGCCAGAGUCCUCUCCAUAUACUCCACCUUGCCUUUCUCUCUUAUCUCCUUCCCUCAGCCGCAGCGCGCUGCAGCACCCGAACGGAGCCGCCUCAGACCCCACAGCCCACACAAGCGCGGCGCACACACAGGAUGGCAGCAGCAGCGCCCCGCUGGUGGCGGCGGGUGGUAUGCAAGCCCCGCAGCAGCAACAGCAGCUGCAGCAGCAGCACAAACGGCUGUGCUCCCCACAAUCGGAGCAAGCAGCUGCCGGCUCAUCUUCCCCCACGAUUUCUGCGGAGAAGGAGAAAGAAGAAGAUUUGUAUUUGAAUGGAGACACUGGAGGAGAAACAAAAACAAAGUGCUGCGUGCUGCAGGCCUUGGGCAUAAGUUCACUGCGAUGUGUGUCGUGCGCGGGCAAGGGGGCCUUGACGUUUUUGUCGGAAUGCAGCAGCGACUGGCGCGGCUCGCCCACGUUCAGUAGUCAGCAGCACGUGCCUCACGUGAGGCUGACGGGGCCCACCUCAGGCUUGCUGGGAUUGGAAAGCUGUGUGGCGGAAACAAAUGCCGCUGCUGCUGCUGCUGCGGCUGCUGCUGGAGUGGCAAAGGCAGUGCACCUUGAGGCAGUGACACAUUUUCAGGGGCAACUGGGACCUCCUCUUGAGAACGUGCCGCAUUUUCAUUUGCCUCCUUGUAGGCCUCGUGUGUCUCCCCCUGUUCGCAGCAGCAGCAGCUCAUGCAUCAACUGCAACUGCAGCAGCGCUGAGGCUGGCUUCAACAAGCGGACAGAAGCACCCGACGCUGCAGUGAGCUCCAUUUGCUGUCGCUGUGGGAAGGCCAGUAACAGCAACAGGAGCGGCAACAGGAGUUGCUGCAUAGCGGUUGCAGACUGGCUGACGGUAGAACUGUUCGAAGCCCGGGUGUUGCUGCUGCUGCAAGCUGCUGCCUGGCUAGAGUUCGCUCGCCUGAGCCCUCUGCAGAAGGCGCUUCGGUCUGUUGUUGUGAAGUUAAUGGAGAGCGACGAGGUCUUCAGGCCCGUCAGAGAUAUUAUGUGGGUCUUAGACCCCCAGCGGAGAGGACAUGUGUCUAGGCGGUGCUUGCUCGACAGCCUUAAAGUCGUCAGAGACUUUUUCAAGUUGGAAUCAUUCUUGAGGGACUCCGAGCCAAACACCGCCGCUUCCAGUGUUAGUACUAAGGCACUUUCAUCUGCAGCGGUAGAUCCCAGCACCGCUCACAGCAGCAGCGGCAGCAACGGGAUCGUCGGCAACCUGCCAGCCUCUCCUCUACAGACACUUUUGGCGCUUUCAGAUGUAUUCCCAGGGGAGGAGCCCCAGCUGUUUGCUCUGGAUCAGUUUUGCAAGUUGCUAGAUGAGGCUCUGGAAACGCAAGAGGCGCCAGUCACCGAGUCUUCAGUUCAGCAAGGACAAGUGGGGAAACCGGCGGACUUGACCAGUGACGCUGCAGCAGCGCAUCAAUCAGCUGCUUCCGCUUCUACAGAAACAAGAGCAGAAGGACCUGGCGCUUGCAGUUGCCCCAUGGAUGAGGCCCUCGUCUGCCUUGACACUGACGGCAGCGGGGCAGUGGAGUUCGAUGAGCUUGUAGCUGCAUCAAUGACCCGUGUAGACUUUCUUGAGAGAGAGCCGACCGUUGCAUUUCGCUUGCUAGACCGCAACGUGGAUGACUACGUCUCCGCCAACGAUCUCCUGACAAUUCUGCACUUCGAUCCUCGGUCGGAUCUGAAGGCAGUUUUGGAGGCGCAGACCAAACGUGCGGACGCAGCAGUAGAGUCGCUCAUGCGAGCAGCAGCUGCUGCCGAGGCUGCGGGGGAGCCUCUCCCUCCAGGCGCCGUUCUCGAUCAGACAAAGCUGGUCACAGGAAUUGAUGAGCACGGAAAUACGUUUGAAGUCCCUGCAGAGGCUUCCUGCAUUUUGCAGCUGGAAGGCGUCACUGCUGCAACGGCACCGCUGUAUGUGCAGGUUGUCAGGGAGCUUAAGGCGACGCAGCCGCGUGCGAACGGCCUUUGGGCGUUCGAAGACUUCAUGAAGCUCCUCUAA